AUGGCCGGUAUUGCACAGACACCUCAAAUGUCGUGCGGCGGAUACACAAACAUCGUGCCAGCCUUGCGCUUUGAGCUACUAAGUGAUGCUGUCGAGAGGCGAAGUUAUAGCUACUUCUUCGAGGUCGUGGGCCCACAGUCUUCUGGACACCACGAGAAGGGGUUCUGGACCAUCGCUUUGAGGCAGAUUUCUCACGCGAACAUCGCCUUACUGCACGCUGUAGCCGCACUCGGAGCUAUCGAAGAACAUCACCACGCGGAAGAUCCGUUGCGUCGAAGAGCACUGCGCACUUUUGCACUGGCACAAUAUGGUCAGUCGCUCAGUGGUCUGAGGAAGAGCGUGCGCAACGGCGCCGCCUCUGCACUGGUAAUACUCGUCGGCGCCGUUCUGCACAUUACUAUGGAACUCCGUCAGAAAGGGGAGCAGGGCCCGGCCAAAGCACAACUCCGCACAGCGCUGCGCUUUCUUGCAUCAUCACAUCGACACACGCCGUCAGAACGGGCCGUGUUACAUCGCUGGAUUCGGCCGAUGCUUGGUCGACGCCUCUUACAAUUUGAGCCGCAGGAUAAGACUCAGACUCUGAACGACGGUGUCAGACUUGUAGAGACCAGACUGGAGGCUCCCGAAUCGUACGAAGUCUCGGCGAUAUGGGGUGUCCCAGGGAUCGACGAGGCUCAUCACGAGUUGCAGUCCAUCAUCGAAACGACCUUCACUCGCAUCCACCGCUCUGCUUCAAACGGAUGCACUGACGAGAUCGAACACGCUCUAAGUCGUGGCAGAGCUUGUUUGCAAAACUGGCAGAGCGCCUUCGACCAGAAUUUCGCGCAACCUGGCAACAAUCGAGAAACGCUACUUCCUCGAAUCCUCUGCCAGUCCGCAAUCCUCAUCAUCCAAACGGUAAUAUCCACGAGCCGUCCACCCCACGACGAAGACUUCGCACGACAAAUCGAUGCCUGCGAAGCAUUCAUGCAGUUACACAAGACAACCGGCCACGAGGGAGGCGCGUUUUUCGUGGACCACGCGGUAAUUCCCAGCUUGUUCUUCGCGGCCGUGCAGUGCAAGGACGCCUCACUCUCCGCACGAGCAAUGCGAAUAUUACAAAACCGGCCAUGGCGAGAAGGCUUCUGGGAUUCUCGGGAUGUUGCCGAAGAGGCUAGGCGGGUCAGGGGGCUUUUCAGUGAGCGGGCGCUGCGGAUCGAUGGGCUUGGGGAGCAUCCGUAUCUUGGGUGUGCGUGGGAGUUUCUUGGGGGUUGUGGAUUGAUCGUUUCGAAUCGUGAUGCGGGCGUGAAUACAUUUUCGAAGCCUCCGUGA